AUGUUCUCGGAAGAAUCGUCGCUGACGCGAUCACGAAGCAACAGCGAGUCUCAGUUCAAGUCGACACGCGCCGAGAAACGGCUUGGGCGGCUGUUCAAGCAGCCUUCCACCUCGACACCCAGCUCCAAGAUGAACGCUCCUGGAGCAGGCAGCUCGUCGACGAGCUUGGUGACGGCUGGUUCUGGUGCCAGCUCGAGGCCCGAGGGUAAACAGACGGCCGUGGACGAUACGAAGCUGCAAGCAGGCCGAGGUCUACGAAGUCUUAGUCAAAGUGCCAUUCCUACCACAUCCACGUCCUCCUUAGCGCCCACGCAUUCGAACAACACGUCGGUGUCUUCGAUGAAUUCCGGGGCUCCGCGAAAAACGUCGUUGGUUUCGCAAUCGAACGGCGCCGACCCGAAACUGUCCACCCUCAAGGAGGUGCACGCCGCAGGGGGUACAGGGAUCCUUGAUUUAACAGACGUGAUGAAACUGGCACGCAAAACAAGAUACGUUUACAUGGAGUUCCUGACAGUGUUGAAGCAUCUGGGGAUCACCGUCAACACGUCGUCGAGUCUGUUCAACAGCUUUUCAAACCUGUUUGAGUUCCUCGGCCGAAGACUGCAGGAGGGAGACCGAGAAUACAUCCAAGACAGUUUCCGUGUUCAACUUGUUGCACAAACGCUGGAAGUUCUGAAAGACUUGCGCAAAGUGACAGAACAUCUGAGUUUCCCCAGUCAGCUCAUAUCGUCGACGGCAGAAGAGUCCAUCCGAAUGGCCUACUUUUCUGUGUUCUCGUUGGUUGUGGAACUAACGGGUGCAUGCAAGAUUCUUGUUCCUAGCUUUGCUCCUAAAACACACGCUAGAAAUGGCCGGUCCAUCCAAUUAUCUGCUGCUCCAUUGGUGACUCCAAAACUACGGUCGCAGCCACCAAAAGUCAAUAGAGCUCCGCCGGCAAACCCACAGCAUCCACAGACCAUCCCUGUUCCGGCCAGACAGCCCUCGAUCCACCGGCCGCCAGUCAAGCUCGACACGAGCGUCUCGUCGCUCUCUCGUCAAGAUUCGGACUUAAGUUUGGUGAGCAGCGUAGAGCACUCAACAGACAAUGAGAAGUUGUACGAGAUCAUCAACUUCACCACGCAAGCAGCACAGGGUGUUUUCACGCACCUGAAUGAUGCUCUCGCGAAAAGCGCAAUAUCCACCGCCCAGAACACGCAAAACGCCCCUCCCGACGACCAGGACCUGCCAAACUUUGCUCGCAAGGUGAAAGAACUCACCACCCAGUGUAUGAGUUCCAUGGAGCAGACGAAACGCAUCAAGGGAGUGCUGAAUAGUAUUCGUGCGUCUCCCCGGUUGGACGAAGAUCAGCAGAAGAAAUUGUACGAGGAGACCAAUUUCUUCCUCAAGUCCAUCAUCAGUUUCCUGGCUGCUACCAAAGGUGCUUUGCAAGAUAUACCGGCGUUGAACGAAGUGCGUGGAGCUCUGUCGAACUUGACAAGAGCCACCAAAGAGUUGACGAUCCGUUUGGAAACGAGCGUGUUGAAACAGUCGGUCACAAAUGCCACAGAACAGCCUCCAUUGUCGUCGAUUCCGUCUGUGGCCAACUUCCAGAACACGCAUGCCGCACAGGAGCUCAACACGCGAACGGUGGGCUCGCCGUCGCUGGCUGACGCAGCAGAGUUCCCGCAGCAGGGUGUCAAGAGUCUCCAGACGUCUGGGCUCGACCACGUUGCUCCUUUGCCGGUGACGACGCCGCUUGUUGCGUCGAUCGGGCCAACAGCCGCCUCGGUGGUUCUGCCGCUGACGUCGCCGCGCGGAGCCAGCGUUGGCCACCCGGAACACAAUCCGUUUGACAAGCUAGGCGAGCUCGACCCAAAACGGGUUACGUAA